AUGCGCGCCUCUACCACCUUCGCCCUGCUCGCGCAGGCCCUCGCCGUCCAGAGCAUCCGCAUCAUUCAAUCCAACGAUGAUGGCUGGGCCGAGCUCUACGCUCGCUCCUUCAACGACGCCAUGAAGGCUUCCGGCCACGACGUCCUCCUCUCCGCCCCGGCCGAGAACAAGUCCGGCUCCGGCUCCCGCGACGAGGAACCCGCCGCCCGCACCGCCGCCUGCCAGUACGACAGCUGCCCGGCCAACAGCGGCCCCGUCGGCGUCAACGAGACGCGGACCGACCUGCGCUGGGUCAACUCGUACCCCGUGACCUCCAUGCGCUACGGCAUCGAGCAGUUCGCCGCCGAGCAGUGGAACGGCCAGGCGCCCGAGCUCGCCGUCUCGGGCCCCAACGUCGGCUCGAACCUCUGGCUCUCCGUCCUCGUCUCCGGCACCGUCGGCACCGCCGUCUACGCCUCGGGCACCAAGGGCAUCCCGGCCAUCGCCUUCUCGGGCGCCUCCUCCGGCACCCUCGCGUGGAACACGACCCCCGUCCCGGCCCGCAGCGCCGUCUACGGCGAGCUCGCGAACCGCCUCGUCUCCAAGAUCGUCAGCGGCGGCGCGCCCUACCUCCCCGAGAAGGUCUGGCUCAACGUCAACUUCCCCGAGGUCACGGACACCAAGUGCAACAACCCCGACGAGUUCAAGUGGGUGCUGAGCAGGAUCAACCCCGCCAUCUUCUCCGGCCCCGACGUCAGCACUUGCGGAGCCAAGGAGAGACUCCCCGAGGAGAACAAGGUCGUCGGUACUUCUUCCGGAUGCUACAUCUCCAUCAGCGUCGGCGACUCGAAUGACAAGACGACUGCCCCCAAGGAGAAGCAGCAGCCCGUUCUCGACAGGCUUGGAAGCUUCCUGUCCUGCUUGCCGUAA